CCCUGGCCUCCCUGCCCCCGGAUCCGGGAUCCCAGCUCCGCCCGUGGCCCCGGGCAGCCGGGCCCCUUCCCUCCCCACCCUGUCCGGACCAGACAGGCCUUCCCCUCUGGGGAGGGAAGGGGCGGAGUGGCUGUGACGGCUCACUGCCCAACCCUGCCACUUGAAAGACCUCCAGAGCCACCCCUCCCUCUCCUUUUCCAGCCUCUGGUUGGCUUCCCCACUCUCUACCGAUCAGCUCCUGGACUCUCUCCCCUCCCAGGCCCAGCCCCAGGAUGUCCACCUCAAGGCAGUCCCACCUCAAACUCCUCCUCGUUGGAAACUCAGGACGGGAGAGGGGAGGAUCCCAGCCCCUGAGGCUUCAGUCGUCCCUCAGGGUGGGAAAAUCUGCGCUGAUGAACCAGUAUGUCAAUAACCGCUUCAGUAACCGGUACCGAGCCACCAUCGGGGCUGACUUCCUCACCAAGGAUCUGUGGUUGGACGACCAGACCGUCACCGUCCAGAUCUGGGACACUGCAGGCACAGAACGGUUCCAGUCGCUGGGAGUGGGCCUGUACCGGGGCUCUCACUGCUGCCUCCUCGUCUUCGAUGUCACAGCCCCGUCUUCCUUCAAAGCCCUGGAUACCUGGCACCAGGAGUUCCUGAUUCAGGCCGCCCCAACCGAUCCCAACCACUUCCCUUUCGUGCUGGUUGGGAACAAGACGGACCUGCCCGGACGUCAGGUUUCUCGCGAGGAGGCCGAGGAGUGGUGUGCCAGAACACAUGCCCAGUACUUUGAGACCAGUGCCAAGGAGGCCACCAACGUGGAUCUCGCCUUCCAGAGUGCCGUGCAGGCAGCUGUGAGGCAGCACCAAGAACCAGAUCUGGUCCUGAAAGACACAGUUCACCUUUACCAGGAGAAAUGCGAGCGGAAACGUUGUGCUUGCUGAAUCCGACAGACCCGCCCUUCCCUUCUCACUGCCCAUAGCCUGGCCUCGACCCCCAGGCCAGGCCCCUUCCCCUGAGCUGCUGCUCUUCUGUCGGCCUGCGGGCGCCAGGCAUUCUCAGCACUUUGACAAUAAAAGCGGGUGAUGAACGCC